AUGACAAGGUCAGAGCCUACCGAAGAACCACGUCAACACGUUCGCGUGGCUGUCACACAAGCAGAACCCAAAUGGCUCGACCUACAAGGCUCUAUCGAAAAGACUUGUGCCUUGAUUAAUGAAGCGGCUAAAAACGGCGCCAAGUUGCUAGCCUUUCCUGAGUGUUGGAUCACUGGAUAUCCUGCCUGGAUCUGGUCGCGACCAGUAGACCCGGAUCUGACCUGCCGAUACAUCAAGAAUUCCCUUCGUACCGAUGGACCUGAGAUGGCCAGGAUCCAACAGUGUGCCGCGGAUAACAACAUCGUAGUUGUGCUUGGGUUCUCGGAGAACUCACAUAAUACUUUGUACAUUUCGCAGGCAAUCAUUGACUCAAAUGGCCAGAUACUGGCGCUUCGACGCAAGCUCAAAGCUACUCAUAUGGAGAGGACCAUAUUCGGCGAUGCUUCUGGCGAUGCUCUGACUAGCGUUGUUGAUACUGGCCUUGGCCGUGUAGGAGCGUUGUCGUGCUGGGAACACACUCAGCCUUUGCUCAAGUAUUAUCUAUAUAGUCAACGUGAGCAAAUCCACGUUGCUGCAUGGCCGCCUCUAUUUCCUUACAAGAGUGAGAAAGAACUCUGGUCUAUGACCAAGGAAGGUGCUAGAUGCUUGUCUCAAACAUAUGCCAUUGAAUCCCAAUCAUUCGCCCUACAUGCAACAUCGAUCAUUAGUGACCAAGGUUUAAAGACCAUGGGCACCGAGGGCAGUAUUAUAAUGGGUAGUUCAGGAGGCGGUAGCUCAGCUAUUUUUGGGCCCGAUGGAAGAAUGAUAUCUCAAGACCUCCCAGAGAACGAAGAAGGAAUUAUCUAUGCGACACUGGAUGUGGAUGAAAUUCUGAAGUCUAAAAGCUUCCUUGAUGUAUGUGGCCACUACAGUAGGCCUGACAUGCUUUGGCUUGGUGUUAGCGCUGAGGUUAAGAAGCACGUGCAACACAAAGAGUAA